AUGCCCAGCAAUGAGUCGCCCGACCACAAUAGGCGCAUGUUGGGCCUACAUAGGUUGGCGAGCGAGGGUCAUCCCUGGCAUCGGUCCACAGCCGCACUCGCCGACUCUCCUCUCCGGGAGUCAACGUCCCUCAACGCCGGCGACCGCCCUUCAAGCUACUGCACCACCAACUUGAAUUCCCACAUGGGGCACGGUAAGGAGCAACAGAGCCAUGCUCAGCCAGACCUAGCUUUCGGCGAUGAUGUCUACGCCGAAGCCUGGGAUGCGAUGGCUAAACUUCAAGAAGAGGAUUUGGAGAAGGUCCCCUCCUCAAGGAUCGAGUCCGCUCUCAGUGCGGUCUCCAUCGCGCUCGGAGUGUUGGCAACAGCCUGGCCAGCUCUCGACGAUAAGAUAGUCGUUCGCACGGCCGUCGAUUUUACCAAAAACACCAUGGUGACGAGUAAGACUAUCCGCAAGAGGAUUGCUGGCGUGCAGCUGUUGAGAGCGGAGCUUCUGUGUAGUCUCUUCCAACUACGCGACUACGAACCGGAGCCUGUGAUGGUGGGGGACAAGAUACAUUCGGGGGAGCUCGAACUUAUCUGCGUCGACAUCAGGAUAAUCAUUGUGGCGCUGGGUAACCUGUGCGACAACUACGUUGACGCGGGUAUGAUAGGACGAAAUAUCGAGAUACGAGGGGAAAGUGGAACACUGCAAAGAACGGAUUGGAAGAUAUUUGGUCGGAGACAGACAAAGAAGAUCUUACAACUUCUCAAGUUCAGACAGAAAGCAGGCGCGAUAAAAUCACUCUUCGACACAGCCAAAGAGGAGGAGGAAAUGGCAAAGGCGGUGGUCUCGCAAGGCGGCGCCAAGGCGUGUAUGGAGGAGUCCGAGAAACUCAACAAGCUCGCGGGGUUGGUCCCCAGAGACGAAGAUUCUGUCAGGCGUGGGCCCAAGUCUAGCGAUAAGAAGAUUCAGCUUAGCUCUGCGGAAAUCCGCCGUAUCCGGACGCCGGUGAAGAAGCUCCUAGAAGAUAGCAUCGGACAUUUCGAAACCAAACUUGACAUCCUGAUCAAUAGACAGCAGCGCGACUCCAAGGCGCUCAACACGAUCUUGAAGUUUGCCAGCGGUCAACCGUAUGAGCGCAUACAGAAUCACGACAUCAAGAAGCUAUGGAAAGGAAUGGGCUGGGGCGGCUCGGUAGACUGCAACGUCUUCAUCCUCAACCUCUACGAUUAUUUUGUCGAUCUAGAACGCGAAGCCCGCGCCAAGAAUGGUGGAGGCCUGCAGAUAGCAAUGGCGCCACCGAACAACGCUGACAUGCCAGGAUCUGGUUCGGCUGAGCCUCCCUCUUCGCCUCCUGUGCCCUCGAAUUCGGCCGAUGCAGCCGAAGCGGACUCGGAUGACUUCCUGCACUGCACAACGCCAGAAGAGGCAGCACGCGAUGCCUGGUGUCUACAGUACCUGAACUAUCGCACACUUUCCACGUUCACAGAAGUACUGGACGACGAUAUGAACGGCCUCAUCAAGGUCAAGGAAGCGAACGAGUUCACCGCCAUGAUGCCACCAGGUGUCACGCUGAUGCAAUGGACUGUGUAUUGUGCAUCUGGUUGGCUGAUCUCAGCGCAUAUCUAUCGUCUGAGAAUCGAGUGGAUCAUCGAGAAGAUGAUCACUGCAAGCUGGGCAAAAGAGAAUAGUUCGAAUAUCGUGGGGUACAUAGACUGCCUCCGAUGGGUGGUCGCUUUCCUGAGGUCGCUCGGCGAGCCCGAACUUCAAGAUCCAAGUCUAUUGAAGGUAACGCGCAUCGUCAUGGAUCACCAAGAACAAGAGCUGCGAAAUGUGCUAGAACCACUAGACUAUUCCCUUGGGGACGGGUUCAUCGAAUCCAUGUUAAGCUCGAGCUACGGUGUCCCUAGCGGGAUCAUUGGACGCAUCGAAGAGCUAGUUAUUCUCAGCAAAACGCACUUCAUCGACGCAGGCGUCUUCCAGGAAGCCUACGAUAGUGUCGACACAUUGACGGACCUAUUGGUCGGUAGAGCGCAACAUCUCUGCACGCGUUUCGCAGAGACACAGGACCCUGGAAGCGAGCGUAAGAUUCUAGCAAUUGCGAAUGGGAUGUUCCAAGAAAUUCGCAAGAUCCUUGAAGCCGAGUCUAUCACGCGAGUCAUGAUACUUCGAUCGGACGAGCACGACGAAGGUUACGAGGAGAUCGUCUCCUACAGAUUUCGUUUCGGCAUCCGCCUCGCCUCCGCGGUGCGCCAUGCGAGUGCAGCGGAGGACGUCUCCGACGCGUGUAGUGAUGCUGAGUACGACUCGCCGGUUGAACACACCAUGCCGCCUCUCCUCCAUGAUCCCCAAGCCAUCGCCGCAACCCACACCGCUGAACAUCGUUUCCUAGCGAUAGAACGGAACUGUUCACCGGCGGUUACCAGUGCGAUAACGUAUGCCCUACGGAACGGACUCGAGGCGGCCACCGGCAUUGAACUGAUAUCUUUCGACCCUCUCAUCGAAUACUGUCUCUCAGCGCCCGAUGACCCCGUGGCGGACGUCGCGAAGGCACUUGUGGAAUACCGGGAGCGGUGUCUGGAUGCCAACACAAAGGAAGGCGUACCCAUUGGACCCGUGCUGUCCGGGUAUCCCCCGCUCGCGGAAUUCGCGCAGUCCCAGAGUGACCGGUGGUUACAGGCGAAAGAAGCACAAGAGCAGUGCAAGCGUCCGGUCCAGCUGUCAAAAGCGAGUCGUGCACCUGCGAUGGGAAUGACUGCCGCGAGCCCGGGGCGAGCCCCGUAG